AUGGGUGACCUACCACCUGGAUCCAGUCCACAAGCUUUGGACAUCACGGCAACUGGUCUUGCUCGUGAUGAUCUCCAAGGUCAUUCACACCAGCCCUCGGGCGUUAGGUCUCCCAGCAGCAACACGCCCUUUUACUCUCAGCUUAGCUCGAUUCCUCAAUCGCAACUACGGCCCGACCUUCGUUCUCCCGCACAUCCAAGCAGCCCGCAUUACCCGCAAGGCCACAGUGCGACACCCCUAAACAUGGGUACUAUGGCGGGCUCACUUCCAGACUACACUUUAGUCGGUGGUGUGCAAUCGCAGCAUACCCAGCGACAAUUAUCUGGCGCAUCGACAUCCGCACUCGUCUAUCAGCUUCAGCAGAACCUUCAAGUGCAUGGCCCAGCCUCCAACACGCUUCCCGUUCAAUCGGGUUACGGUCCUAGCUUCGGUGCUGGCCAAUUUCAGCAGAAUUACAUGCCAACGCAAGCUUCUUCUCACACAAACUAUACUGCUUUCCCCCCUAACCAACAACGUGGACCAGGACCCAACCCAAUGCAAGCGCCAUACCCGAGUUAUUCUCAACAAUCACCGUAUCUAUACUACCCUGCGCCAUACGGGACACAACACUUUGCACCGGGGUUUUCCGGACAGAACGCGCAGACUCCAGCGUUGUACGGUAGAAGGCCGAGUCUUACUUCUUCGCAUAUCCCACUGCCUGGACAGAGUUUGGAAAUGCCCGCGCAAGAUGGGUUGUUCUCUCCUGGGCAUCGCACGACUUCCGGUGCGGUACAAGGCGAUCCGGUCUCAAUGGGAUGGAUGCCUGGUGGCCAGUUUGUGCAACCUGGUGGCAUUCUGCGCACUGGCCCUGUCAGCUCUAUCCCUCGUGGUCCUCCCCGAAAGCCUAAACAAUCUGGUCACGCACUUUGGGUGGGCAAUCUGCCUCCAGGGACGACGGUCAUAGCUCUGAAAGAUCAUUUCUCGCGCGACGCCACGAAGGACAUCGAGAGUCUGUUCCUCAUUUCUAAGAGCAACUGCGCUUUUGUCAACUACCGCACCGAGACGUCAUAUCUCGAGCUCAGCCUCCGAAAUGGCAUCUGGGCUACUCAGUCUCAUAAUGAAGAGGCGUUGAACAACGCCUUUGAGACUGCUGAAAAUGUGUACCUUAUCUUCUCUGCGAACAAGUCUGGCGAGUACUUUGGAUAUGCUCGCAUGGCCUCUCGUAUCCUCGAGGAUGAUGGCCAGCUAAUUGGCUCGGUACCUAAACCAGACAAUAUACUUGAGGCAACUGAUGUGCCGAAGUCCAUACCCACACCUGCGACGGAAUUUGCGCCUAGAGGUAGAAUAAUCGACGAUUCAGCAAGAGGUACGAUUUUCUGGGAGGCAGAACUGACAGACUCGGAAGGUGAAGAAGAUCACCCGGACAAAGAAGAUGCGCAAGUAGACGGAGAAGCACCAGCUGUUGCUCAGAGUUGGGGAAAGCCCUUCCGGAUUGAGUGGAUUUCUACAACUCGUUUGCCGUUCUAUCGCACACGAGGGCUUCGAAACCCCUGGAACGCCAAUCGCGAAGUCAAGAUUGCGAGGGAUGGGACAGAGCUCGAGCCUGGUGUUGGAGAGCGACUUCUUCAGAUGUUCCGUGGGCCUAGCUCUAUUCCAUUGGCGCAACCCUCCGUGGGGGUUCAUAUGCGACCUUUCUAG